AAUACCACCAUUGGACCACUCCCUCUCGCGUUCGCCUCACCAGAAGCUGCAGCUCUCUCACCGCAGGCGCCGGCGGCAAUCUCACUCUAGGGUUCAGCCCCGUUGAACUUCUCUUUGAAACCAUGGCAAGAGGAUUGAAGAAGCAUUUGAAGAGGCUCAAUGCUCCCAAGCAUUGGAUGCUUGACAAACUUGGUGGUGCAUUUGCCCCCAAACCUUCAUCUGGACCUCAUAAAUCAAGGGAAUGCCUCCCGUUGAUUCUUAUCUUGCGAAACAGAUUGAAAUAUGCUCUCACAUAUCGUGAGGUAAUUGCAAUUUUAAUGCAACGACAUGUUUUGGUCGAUGCUAAGGUGAGGACAGACAAGACAUAUCCUGCUGGAUUCAUGGAUGUUGUGUCAAUUCCCAAAACAAAUGAGAAUUUCCGGCUUCUUUAUGACACAAAAGGUCGAUUCCGUCUUCACUCAGUCAGGGAUGAAGAGGCUAAGUACAAGCUCUGCAAAGUUCGCUCAGUGCAAUUUGGUCAAAAGGGCAUCCCAUACCUGAACACUUAUGAUGGACGUACAAUCCGUUAUCCCGACCCCCUGAUCAAGGCGAAUGACACCAUCAAGCUGGACCUUGACUCAAACAAGAUUGCUGAUUUCAUCAAGUUCGAUGUUGGAAAUGUUGUGAUGGUUACCGGUGGAAGAAAUCGUGGGCGAGUGGGAGUGAUCAAAAACAGGGAGAAGCAUAAGGGAAGCUUCGAAACAAUCCACAUUCAGGAUGCAACCGGGCAUGAAUUUGCAACUCGUCUUGGGAAUGUGUUUACAAUCGGGAAGGGGACGAAGCCAUGGGUAUCCCUUCCAAAGGGCAAGGGUGUCAAAUUAUCUAUAAUUGAAGAGGCCAGGAAGAGGCUUGCAAGCCAAGCAGCAGUUACAGCUUAAAGAGUUGAGUAAUCUGUAGUCAUGAUUUUAAAUUGUUUUGACACAUCAGUUUCUGGGAUUUUGCUCUUUUUAUUAUGGGUAAGUAGAUCUUGAGACGUUAUUUAUUUCUACUAGAAAUUUGGUGAGGCUGUUGCUUCUAUGAUUUUGUCGUUCAAACACUUUAUUACUGUGGAACUUAUAAGCCAUAUUAGUUAUCCUGUGCGUAAGAUGCAGCCUACAUUUUCUCCAA